UCAGUCAUUCCUGCACAUCGCUGUUUCAUUGACGUGUUGGGGGUGGCUUCUGGAAAAUUUUCGGACCCUUUUUGGUGUGAUUGAGAAAAAUCAUUUAAAGCUUUGACAAAGUGGCGUCGACUGUUAUUGUUGCGUCAGGAGUUUCCAGUUCUGCAAAGGCAUCUGAGGAAAAAGAAUACGUUGACAUCAUGACAGAAAACUACGCCGAAUUCGGAAAAUCGACAGAUCGCUCCCCGAUCGUACCAGAAGUAACAAUAAGAAGCUAUUCUUUCAGGGUAACUGAAAUAGCUUUGGGACUAGUGGCGUUUUUAGCUGUUGUAGUAUGUAUAAUUUUGGGGACCAUGGUAAGCUCUGGCGCUGGUAAUGGCACCGAUUCGCCAUCCACGAGCGCCCAGACUGGCGGACAGAAUCAGUUAUGUGUAAGUCCACCUUGUCUCAAAAGCGCCUCUUACGUGGUGUCCAACUUGAACACCAGCGUCCAGCCCUGCGACAAUUUCUACAGAUACGCUUGUGGGCGUUUCAAAACCGAACAUCCCUUGGACAGUGAAACCUCGUCCAUCACGGUCUACAGUAAUAUGUAUUAUCAUAAUGAAGAAAAGCUGAAGAAAUUACUGGAAUCUCCCAUUGUCCGCAGCCAAGAUUAUUCAACAGAACGAAAGCUGAAGCACUAUUUCUCCUCUUGUACUGAUACUUACCGAAAGGAGCGAGCAAAGGGGACGCCUCUUCUCACCAAGGUUAUCAACAAUAUUGGAGGUUGGUACGUUCUUGGAACUUUCAGCAACACUUCUUUCGACUUCCAUAAUGCUUUUCGGAAGGUCUCAGUGGAUUACUGGACCGCUGCAUUUUAUACCUUCCGAGUGGCUACUGAUUGGUAUGACUGGCAUAAAAGAGUGAUUGAGCUGGAUUACUCCGGUAUGUCGAUGUUUUGGUACUACUAUACGGAACCUUCAACAGAAAAAUACAGGAAUGAUAUGAAGACGUUCAUGAGACGUCUGGCUAAUUUCCUAGUCAGAGAUUCCAACAUAACGCUAGACAAUACCACAAAAAAUACUCGCAUUGAAACAUUUAUCAACGAUGCCUUCACAAUAGAAAUGAACCUGGCUAAUAUCACAAAGAAUACAAUGCCCACGUCUGACCCCCAUGCUUACGAGAAGAGAGUAUCUAUUUCAGAUUUAAAUACUAUGCUAGGAACAGCGAUUGACUUUUCCUCCCACAUUCUGUAUAUGUUCAACGAUGCAAAUGUUGGUCCAUCUACAAAAAUUGUUCUACGGGAAGCUGAUUGGUUGAAAAAAAUGAACGAUAUGAUAGAUGGGUUAGGGGUUAAUAAAACAAGAAUGUUAAACAACUACUUGGUCUGGAAGUUGAUGGACCGCUAUGACGUAGAACUUUCCUGGGAGUAUGUUCACGCCAGUCGUGAGUUUUAUGUCGAUAGGUAUGGUAUCCCACAAUUCCUGGGAACGUGGUUGUACUGCUUCCAAAACAUGGAUAGGUACCUAGGAGAUGCCCUCAGUUCUAUGUACGUCAGGGACCAUUUCGCAGAUGCAAAUAAACAGAAGGCCCAUGAAAUUCUCGAUUAUGUAAAGGAGGCUCUUGUUGACAGCACAAUGAACAACGUUUUCAUGGAUGACACCACAAAGGCCAGAGCUAAAGAUAAAAUGAAAGGGAGCUUGGACAAGCUAGGAUACCCUGACUUUAUGAUGAAUGAUGCAGCCAUGGAUAAUCUCUAUAGUAGUCUCCAAGUGGACCAAUACGACUAUUUCGGAAACCUUCUGAGUGUAAACAAGUUUAUCCAGAAAUCCUGGAACAAGAAACUGAAGAAUCACGUGAACAAACAGGAAGAGUGGGUCUACCGCACAUACGACACCUUCAUGAGUUACUACAACCCCUGGAAUGAGCUGCUUGUCCCCGCGGGUCUUCUUCAGUUCCCCUUCUACGAUUACACCCUCCCUCACUUUAUGAACUUUGGCUCCAUGGGCAGCGUCAUUGCCCACCAUCUUGUACAUGGCAUUGAUCACUCGGGUGGAUACUACAAUGUAGAGGGUGUAUUCGAGGAUUGGUGGAGCAACCAGACGACGAACAAGUGGAUCGAGGCCAAGAGGUGUGUGGAGAAUUACUACAACAAUCAAACUAUGGGACCCUUCACUAUUCCAGGGCAAACCAUUCCAAUCACAGUAAAAGUAAACGGACAACGUUGGGCAGCAGAAGCCAUGGCUGAAACCAGCGGAGUCCAGAUUGCCUAUAAGGCAUACAAGAAAUGGGUGCAGAAGAACGGAGGAGAAAAGCUGGCUCCAGGCUUGGAACUGACUAAUGACCAGAUGUUCUUCGUUUCCUAUGCUCAGGCCAGCUGCUAUAACAGAAAUGACAAUGUUGCUUAUUAUAAUGCAGUGCGAGGAACAGUUUCUGAAGACAUAAGGACGAAUAGUGCAUUAUCACAGAUAAAGGAAUUUUCUACAGCUUUUAACUGUCCAGCUAAGACCCCCAUGAAUGCAGAGGUUAAAUGUGCAAUGUACGGAUAAAUUUAUAAGACUUUGCUAUUUAAAAAAGGACAUACACAGAGGAUGGUAAAUGCUAUCCUUUCAUUUGAAAACAAGUGAAAAAAUCAAUGCUAAAACUUAUUAUACACAUUUGGAUCUAACAGUGAACAUACAUUUGUUGGAUAGUCGAACACUUAGGAUUCCUACGGAUUAAAAUCUUACCCUCUCCAUAUUUGUAUAUUUUAUUCCAUAUAUUAACAUCCUUGUAUCGUCU